AUGUUGACGCUGUUUCCGAGCUCUCUUCCUCGCCAAACCUCUGACAGUUCAGUGAAGUCUGCAUCUCGGAAGGGCCAAUCCGCACAAUCCCAAUUUCCCCCUGCCCUUCUGCCCAGCGCCUUGCCAACCAGCACUUUUAGCUCUAAUACAACCAUUAGUAAUGCUCUGUUGGAUAAAUCACGGAUUAUUGGAGGGGGUGAUCUUCCAGAUAAAAGAUCAGAAUCCCUUCAGCUUCCGUCGCCUAUUUGCCGGAGUUCAUACUUUGGAGUGAAACAAACAGGGCACAGAUCGACUAUGGGUGGAAUCAAUCAGCGUAAAGUUCGGGCGAAGCACGAAAGCGACGAAAUUACUCUGAGACAAAGGGGAAGGAUGUACAAUUCGUCAGAAAAAAAUGAAUUCACGAACCCUGUUUCUCUUCAUGAAAAACCGAAGAGUCAUAGCAAUCUUCGAGAUACUGAUGAUGAAGAAAAAGUCGAGGAAGAACAGGAGGCUGAUGAGCUCGUAGAGCUUCUUUACGAUCCUGUAUUGGACUGCUAUUACGAUCCAACAAGUGAACGAUAUUUUGAAUUGCGAUAG